AUGCCGUCGCGAUGGCAGCCGGGCGACGCAGACCGCCCGUCGGAACAGGAGGCCGUGUCGUUGCAGCUGCGCUUGGUGCAGCACAUUGUGCUGCGGCCGGAGGAGGAGUUCAGCCUCGAGGUGCUCCAGCAGCACAUGAAGGCUCCCGCCUCGGCCGGGGCCCGAGCGAAGCCGAUCCAGACCCGAGUAACGGAGACGCCGGGCGGCCUGGAGCUGUCCAAAGGCUCCUGGUGGCCGCACCGCCAGGUCAGCCUCUUGCUUUUCUCCGGCAUCACGCAGUACACCACCUUCCGGUCCCAGCUGCGAAUGCUCCUCCUCGGCAUCACAGCCACCAACGCGUCGGGCGCCUCGGUGGACCGGGCCUUUGUCCACCUGUACACCAAGUCGCCGGCCGACACACGCCGCCUAAUCGAGCUGAUCGAGUCGCGACUGUCGCCCAACGCCGUGGAGGGCACGCGGUAUCCGGACCCGCCGGCCGGACUUGCCGUCUCGACGAUGAGUCAUCCAGCGCAUCGCGACGACUCGUUCGACGAGAGGCCGGCCAAUCAGCGCCCGGCUGAGGCGCCGCCAGACGGGCGGCAGCCCAGAUCGGCCGGUCACCUGCUGCCCGGUCUGCCGGCUCCCUCAGCCAGGCUGUACGAGAACUCGACGGGCCGGUCGGUCGUCUCCUGCCACUCGGGCAGCCAGCACUCGGCGCCAGGCCGAGUGGAAGAGGAGCCCUACUAUCCCGCCCCGGUGUCCGGCUACUCUCCGCCGCGUGCUCUCUCCCGGAUCCAGCUGGAUCCCGAGGAGAACAGUCGCGGCGAUCAGCGACGACGCCACCACUCUGCCGGAGGCGGCACCGGCAGUCUGGUCACGUAUUACGAGCACCGCAUCUCGUACACUGGAACGCCGUCGAGGAGCACCGACGUGGUCAUCGAUCGCAGCCAAAUGGUCACCGCUUCGCAGCGCCGCCGCCAGCGCCAGCGUCGCCGCCAGCGGCGCAGCCGAAAGCCCAGAGAGCCGGGCCGCGCUGGCCGACGCAGCUCCAGCGGAGAGCCGACCGACGACGCCACGGACACCGACGGCAACACAACCGAGGACGAGGGCGCCUGGGAAGUGGACAUCAAGCAUAUCAGCUACGAUCCCGAAGUGGGCAAUGUGGUCGACAACUCGGGGCCCAUUUAUAUGUUUGUCGCCCAUCAGAUCGUGCCACAGAAGCGUAACUAUCUCGGCCUGGUCUACAGCAGCAGCGAAGGGGACAGCGAGGAGGACAACGACAACGACAGCGAAGAGGACAUCGCGAUGAAUGCUGGGCGUGCAUUUCAGAACGGCUUUCUUGGGCGUCAAGACCAUGCUGGCGGCGAGGCAGCCAGCCAGAGUGAUGAGGAACUGAGCGAUGGCAGCGGUGGUUUCGUUCGACUCGAUAAGAUGGACACUGGCGAGAGACGGAAUCUCGGCGAGUUCCAGGAGACCACUAGAUUCCGCGCACAGCCUCUGGAUGAGGACACCACUCAGCUGCGCCGAUUGAGAAGAACGAAGCUCUAUGAAAUGUAG